AUGACACUCCCAACCCAAUUCAACACAGACCUUCAGAUAUUAGAAGACACACUAGCGACGUCUGAGGGCAACACUCCAGUGGAGUCUUUAAUCGUUUUACUGAUAAAACAAUUGAAUCUUAGAUUACAAGUCAUUGAAUCUACUUUACCAACACAAUAUAACCCUUCUCCUGAUAUUUUAGACGGUAGAAAACAAUGUGGUUUAGUAAAUCGAAAUGCGCUAUUUAACACAAAGUCUCCACAGAAAAGGUUGACUCCAGAAACCUUUCUUAAAAGAAGAAGAACAGAUUUGGACUUAACAAGUGUUGAAAUCAAAAGUCCUCCAAGUCCAGAUAGAAUGCCAAAUUUGGCACAAAAGGUGUGGGUAGCUUCCAAACCAAAAAUAGAACCAAGUGGAGUGGACUUUAUAAAUGCACACAAGAGGACUUUACAAAUGUGGACAAACAAGAAAAUGUAUAAAGUCAUUUACUCAUCAAUAACAGACGGUUUCAGUUCUGAAGCCCUCAAUGACAGAAUUGUUGGUGUUAACAACGUGAUGGUAUUGGUGAAAGAUGACAAACAGAACGUCUUUGGCGCUUUCUCACAUCAACAACCAAUCCAACCAAAUCACGACGACUUCUCUUAUAAUGACUCCGACGAUACUUUCUUCGUCUUUUCUAUUAAUAACACAAAAGGGUCAACACCUGUUAAAUUCUGUAAAAGGGGUGUUGGACCGGCUUUCAGAACUUCUGAUGAAGACAACAUUAUUUUCGCAGUUGCAGAUUGUUUCACUUUGAGGCAAAGCAACACUUCUUACAUCCACCCACACUUUAAAAAGUAUUUUAAUACCAAUGAAGAUGCCACUGUGUUUAACGGGACUGUCUUUCCAAUCCGUUUUACUGUUGAAAAGCUUGUCGCCGUUCAAUGGUUCUAG